AUGACGAGUCCAUACUGGAAAUUCUUUCAGCGCACCAUUGAUCAACUAGCGCAGCGGUCAAAAAUAAUCGCCAACGCCUCACCAACACCGACGACGCCCCCAAUACGUCUAGCCACGCUGAGGAGCAGCUCCGAUAUCUCCAACUGGGCUGUUGGCUGCGAUGGUGAUAUGGGCGGGCGCAGUCGGGCGCAGCUUGAAUACGUGGGCGGUGUGAAUGUGAGUGGGGGCGAGGAGAAGCAUGCGAAAUUCAGUGGCGUUCUCGAUCCAUACGUCCCCGAACAAUGGAAGAAAACUCUCGAGGAUGGCGUUAAGGCUAAGAGCGGUUAUGCUGGUCUGCGCACUAAAACUCGCACUACACUCUUCGGUACAGCGUGUUGGGACCUGUCGCUGCACCCGUACCUCGCUAUGCGUGUUAGGAAUAACAUGGCUAAAGGUGGAGGUGCAAGUAGUGGUAGUGUUAGCAACAGCAGCGGCUACUUUAUCAACAUUCAGACAGAAGGCGCUGUACGCAGCGAUCUGUUUCAGCAUCGCCUCUUCACUCCCCCUAACUCUCACUGGCAUACCCUUGUCGUUCCCCUUAGCUCAUUUGUCCUCACUAACGCGGGUGAGACUUCGGAUCAGCAACUGCCUAUGCUCAGAGAGAAAAUUCGCACCGUCGGUAUCAGUCUCCUCGCUAAUCCUGAUGGUAAUAGCACAGGUAGAGUUGAAAAUAGCGAACGCUUUGAUCUCGAUAUCGAAUGGAUUGAGGCGUGGAACGAUAGCAAUCCAGAUGUUGUAGCUAGACAGAGUCAAGAUGGUAAUGAUAGUGAGAAGAAGGAAAGUCUAUAA